UUUUGUUUUUUGUUUUUUCUAAGAAGCAGCAGCAGCAGAAGAAGAUGUGUUCACUCCGCAUGUUUCCUCCUCAGAGUGUUUUGGCACAGACGGUCCAGUCUUGACAGGGAUCCAGACUCUGUGACGAAAGAAGAAUCCAAGAUAAACGACCACCUUGAGGACUUUACAGCUUGGAAACACGUUUAACUUUCUUUUUUGUUUUCAUUUGUCAAAAAUGACCGCUAAUAUGUCUGUCAACUCCAACAUUGACCACUGCAACAUCACCAGUCCGGUCACAUAUGAAGUCCUGUCCUGGGUGAUGAUUGCAGAGUUCAUGCUGGGUCUGCCUCUCAACCUGUCCGUCCUCUACAUCUUCAUCUUCAGAUUCAAGUUCUGGAAAAACAAAAGCAUCUUCCUCUUCAACAUCGUAGUCGCCGACUUCCUGCUGGUGGCCUGCCUCCCCGCCAAGGCCUACCACUACCAGCACGGGGUGCGGCGCAGCUCGGACAAGGUCAUGUGCAAGACGCUGCUCUUCAUGCUGUUCCUAAAUCGCGGCGCCAGCAUCGCCUUCCUCAUCACGCUGUCACUCGACCGCUACUUCAACGUGGUGCACCUCGGGCGGAGGAACUUUGUCCGGGUGCUGAAGAAGUCCCCGCAGAUCUCCAUCCUCAUCUGGCUGCUGCUGCUGCCGCUCACCGUGCCCACCCUGCUGCACACGUUCGAGUGCUGCAACAGCCACGGCCGACGCUACGAGACGCCGGACCACGACGUGACGGACACGUUCAGAGAGAUAGUCUUCUUCACCCAGAUCAUCAUCCCCUUCAUCAUCCUCGUCUACUGCACGAUUCGCAUCGUCAACCGGCUGAGGAAGAAAACCGUCGGGGAGAAAACCAAACUGAGGCGAGCCGUGUGGGUGGUCCUGUCCGUCGUGGUCGUCUUCUCCAUCUGCUUCCUGCCGUGCACAGUGGCCCGAGCCGUGCUGCUGGUCGUCAGGUUGAAGGAUAACCAGAAAAUGGAGGACGUGGUGGUGCAGGUCUACGACAGCCUCAUGGUCCUGUCGUUCACCGACUGUCUGCUGGACCCCCUAGUGUACUGCUUCUGUAACUCUGGCUUUAAAGACGCUUACAUAGCCGCCUUCUGUCCCACAUUCCUCCAGAAGAAACUGCAGAAGUACAACCUUGGCCCACCAGCGGCGACAACAACCACGUUCACGUCUGGAACAAAGAGCAGCUCUUUGCCAAUGCUGGACAAGUAAAAAGUAACACAUUCUUCUUCUCAGUCUACAAUUGAAACUAAAGCCAAGGAAGAAUCAACGAGUCUGUCACACGAAACGGGUUCUCACACACACACACACACACACACACACACACCCACACACACACACACACACACACACACACACACACACAGACAGACAGACAGACAGAGUGUUUUCAGGGACUGAAGCAGAUCGGACUGCUGACAAUUACGAUCAUCCAAUAAUCCUUAAGUCAAAGGCUAACAUGAUCACAUCUGGUGUGGUAUUGUCUUGUUGUGGUCCAAACUUUUCACUCUGCAGGAGCCAAAGAAGUCUGUCAACGGGUCAGCAUCCAAGGGAUUGUCUAAUUCCACACCUGGCUUGGUCACCAACUAUGAUUUCUUGGAUGUUUUCAACCAUUCGACUCAUCAAGGACAUCUACUGUUGUAUAUAUAGCUAUUUGAAAUUCCUUACAGUUCUCAAAGAUAUUUGGCUUUUUUUCUGCUAUUAAACACCUAUGAAAUUGACAGAGACCGACACCACAUCCAAGUCCAGAGAACACAAGAUUUAAGUUCUUUAAAUAAUCCUUAGUCAGAAGCCAAAAAGUACGUCCAACUGUUUCACUCUACAGAAGCACAAAUUUGUUGAAUUUUUACAAAUCAGUGAACGGGUCAGGAUCCACACUAUUGUCCAGUUCCAUACCCAACUUGGUCACUAACUCCUCCCACAUUUCUUGGCCGAUUGUGCCCAUUCAACAAACAACAACCGACUCAUCAAGUACAUCUCCUGCUAUACGUACGUAUAUAGCUAGCUGAAAUUCUUCACAGUUUUCAAAAAUAUUUGGCUUUAUCUGCAAUAUUCCCCCCAAUGAAAUUGAUGGAGAUUGACACCACCUCUCUCUCAGAUUAAGUCCAGACUACCAAAUGAUUCAAAUUCUUUAAAGAAGCGUUUUUUGCCUUGUUACAAGUCAGUUAACGGGUCAGUGUCCAUUCAAUCAUUCCAUACCCAACUUGCUCCCAGAGUUCUUGACCGAUUUCAUCCAUUCAAGAAUCUAAAUUCCCAGCACAUCAAGGUCAUCUACUAUAAUAUAUACAGCAAUUUGAAAUUGGGACCACCCAUACUCAAAUUUAGACUACCAAAACUGAGGUUCUUUUUUGGGUUUCUUUGUCGCUGCCUGUGAAUUGAAGCUAUUCUAUAUUUGUACUGGUGCUAAAGACACUUUACAGAGAGGGCACUUAUUUUAUUUUUGUCUUUUCCGAACUUUAAUGUGAAAGGCUUUUGCGAGAUAAUAUGCUGUAAAUAAAUUAGCUCGACAAAAUGUUAGAAACUUUUAACCGUUUAUGAUUUUAUCACUUCCUGCUAAUUUCUGCCAGUGAGUUGAAAGAAGUCGGAUUAAAGAAAAGAAGUCAUCAUCUUUAGAAGAAGAAGUCACUGCGUUGUACGGAGUUCGUGCAAACGGUUGCGUUCACAGUGGCAAAAUAUCAAAUAAAAACAAGCUUAGGUUGGGGGUGUUUCCCCCAUGUUAGCAUUUAUUAUUUAUUGUUAUCAUAAACUUUUGUUUGUUUGUUUGUUUUCAUGCACAAAUAAACAAACAAAUGGCAUUAACGUGACGCAGUGGAACUAACAUAUAUAGCAAUUUUAUAAAGGAAUAAGUUGUUUCAAUGUUUUAUAAUUUUGUACUUGAAAAAAAUGAGCAAGAAAAAUAAAAAGAUUGCAGAUUUAAAACCACAAUUAACUUCUUUCUACAACUUUCUUAAGCAAAAAUCAGUGUUUAAUGAUUUUGACAUUUAUUGCGAUGAAUAUUUACCCAUGACAACCUUGGUAUCUUGCAGUUUUCUCUUCAUUUCUUGUGUGUAACUAAUAUAGAUGUAGUCCAUUUAAACUGAAAUUGCCAUUUUUGUUUUAAAGUAAUCUGCAAAUUAUUACAAAUUUUGCUUUUUUUGUCUGAGGAACUUGAUAAAUGUUGCCAAGUUAGGAAAAUGUACGCACUUUUCCAUCCAAAAGUGAUGACCUGUGUCAUGUUUUUAAUAUUAAGUUCAUAAAUUAUUUUCAUUGUAAAUACUGUACAUUAGAGUUGUUCAAUAACUGGUUACUGGAUUGAAGACAUUUGUUUGUAUAAUUUGUUGUCAUUAAACAGUAAGAUGGUA